AUGCGUCAAUACCUUGUUUCAGGUGUUUUCCUCUUGCUCGCUGCCUCUUCAACCAACGCGCUUCCUACAAGCCUAGAGGCCCGAUCAAACAACCUAGCAGUUCGAUCUUAUACUGCUUCAAGCGGAUCAAGUGUUAACUAUGCUGCGCCUGCCGACGAGUCUGUUCUAGACGCUCCCGCCGACGAAUUUGUCGGUACAUCUGAUGCGCCUGCCGACGAGUCGGUCGAAGCACCCGCCGAUGAGUAUGCCGGCGAGGCGCCUGCUGAUGAGUCCGUUGAAGCUCCUGCAGACGAGUCUGUAGACGCACCUGCCGACGAGUAUGCCGGCGAGGCACCCGCUGAUGAGUCUGUUGGAGAAGCACCUGCAGAUGAGUCUGUUGAAGCACCCGCCGAUGAGUCUGUAGAGGCUCCUGCCGACGAAUAUGCUGGAGAAGCCCCUGCGGAUGAGUUUGUUGGUGAGGCUCCCGCCGAUGAGUCUGUCGAGGCUCCUGCCGACGAGUCCGUUGAUGCUCCUGCCGAUGAGUCUGUAGAGGCUCCCGCCGAUGAGUCCGUCGAUGCUCCUGCCGAUGAGUCCGUAGAGGCUCCCGCCGAUGAGUCUGUCGAGGCUCCUGCAGACGAGUCAGUUGAAGCGCCUGCCGAUGAAUCUGUUGAUGCGCCUGCCGACGAGUCCGUCGAGGCACCCGCUGAUGAGUUUGUUGGUGAAGCUCCUGCAGAUGAGUCUGUUGGAGAAGCACCUGCCGAUGAGUUUGUUGGAGAGGCUCCCGCCGAUGAAUCCGUUGGAGAGGCCCCCGCCGAUGAGUCGGUUGAAGCUCCCGCGGACGAGUCAGUCGAGGCUCCCGCUGAUGAAUUUGUUGGAGAGGCCCCUGCCGACGAGUCAGUUGGAGAAGCCCCUGCCGAUGAAUCUGUUGAAGCACCCGCCGAUGAGUUCGUUGGAGAAGCACCCGCCGAUGAGUCCGUUGGAGAGGCCCCCGCCGACGAGUCAGUUGAAGCUCCUUCCGAUGAGUCUGUCGAAGCCCCUGCCGACGAGGGAGUCACUCAGGCAAUUGAUGCGCCCGCCGAUGGUGAUGAAGUUAUUCCAGAUGACGAGUCUGCUCCCGAUGGUGCUGAUGAAGAGGCUGCCCCCACCGGUGGUGAUGAUGAGAGCGCUGGUGGUGAUGAUGAGAGCACCGGUGGUGAUGAUGAGAGCACCGGUGGCGAUGAUGAGAGCACUGGUGGCGAUGAUGAGAGCACUGGUGGUGACGACGAAUUCUUCGAGGACAACGAGGAAGCUGAGGGCAUCGCCGACGAGCAGGGUGAAAUUGACGACAAGGAGGCAGCUGCACCCACCGCCCCUUCCAAGCCUGCUGGUGGUGCAAGUGAAGCUCCUGCCGACGAGGGAGCCCCUGAUGGUUCCGACAACGAAUCUGCCGGCGGUGAUGAUGAGAGUGCCGGUGGUGAGGCUGAUGACGAGGCAGCUGCUGAGGCCGAUGAUGAGGUAGCUGGUGAGGGUGGUGAUGAUGAGGAAGUCAUCUUGCAUAGCAUCAAGAAGAGGGCUGUUCCCUUCACCGCUUAA